AUAUAACUAUAUCAUGAAUAGGACAAUAAUUCAGAAUUGACACGACGUCGGAAAAGUUUCUCGAUUGUUCUGUGUUCAUAAUAUUAAAAACCAUUUAAUUUUCAGUUGCCCUUUCAAGUUUAAUGUUACAAUCUAGUGAAACGGUUGAAUUAUGUUGAAAGUUUUAACAUCAUUUCCGAAAAUAAGCGGUCCCGCCAUUAGAGGUUUUCAAUGUAAUUUUCACUCUUGCAGAUUUGUAUCGAUUCCACAACAUAGUCAAACACAACAGUUGAACCGUUGGACUAAGCCAUCAGUACCGUAUCCGUCAUGGUUUUCCUUUACUCGUUUUUGUCAUGUAAAACCAUCGGAGUUGACUCCACGUGAAAAACUGAAAAUUGCUGCUAAAGAAUACGGUUCUGUGUUAAUUGUGUUCCACGUUGGAAUCUCAUUGAUAUCAUUAGGUUCGGUGUAUUUUUUCAUUUGUAAUGGUGUUGACGUCCAACAGUGGAUUGGUUGGAUGGGUCUGUCAAACGCAAACGAAAACACUAAAAUCGUGGCUGGAGCGAGUCAGUUUAUCAUUGCAUAUGCCAUUCAUAAAUCUUUUGCUCCAGUACGCAUUUCAAUAACACUUAUAUCCGUACCAUUAAUUGUACGAUACCUUAGGACUAAAGGAAUAAUGAAAAUAAAAAAAUAAAUACUAAUUAUGUGAACACAUGAAAUUGUAUAAAUUAUAAUUGUAAUACUAUGGGUUUUAAACUAUAUUACUUAGAAAGGAUAAGACAUUUUAUUAAUAUUAUUAUUGAAUAUUUUAUAAUACUGGUAUAAAUUGUUUCAAUUGUAAAAUACUAUUGAGUAUUAAAAAAAAAUAUUAUUAUAUUGUACAGGGAUUACUGUACACAUAUUUUAACUAUUACUCGAUCUUAAUAACAUGUCAAGAUGCUUUUAUGUAAACCAUAGAGUAAGAGAUAUAAACCGAGUAAGGUAAAGUAAAAUUAUUAAUUGUAAAUAUACAAAUUGUAAUAUACCUAUACAUUUUGUUUUUAAUGUAUCACUAAUAAUUUAAAUUACAUGUAAAUUAUACUUAUUACUUGUUCUUGUGUCUGCCAUAAUCAUGUUGAUGUCAAAC